CUGUCUCACAUCCUGUCCUCUUGGAGCAGAUGCAUACAGAACCCAAACGUAACAGAACACUACAAAGAGAGGUUCCCGAUUCCAUGGCCCGGCCUCCCGCCACUCGAGCCCUGCAGCUGCUGCUGGCACUCUGCUGGAUUUUAGGAGGUCAGAGCAGCCUGACCGGCCCCAUGGCUGCAGGAAACGCCUCUGAAUUCCGUCCCCGUAUGUUUGGCCUCAUAGAAAUAGAGGACCUGGACGGGAUUCUCACCCUGGUGUCGGAAAAACAGAAGCUGGAGAUCCAGAGCUCCACCACCGUGAUUGUGGUGCCCGUCCUUUACUCGGUCGCAUUCCUUGUCGGGCUCCCAGCGAACAUCCUGGCCCUGUGGGUGCUGAUCUUCCAUACACAGAAGGCCCCAUCCACCAUCCUCCUCAUCAACCUGACAGUGCUGGAUGUGCUCCUCCUUCUGAUGUUGCCCUUCCGCAUCACUUACCACUUUGCUGGCAAUGACUGGUUCUUCAGUGAGCCACUGUGUCGACUGGUCAUAGCUCUGCUCUAUGGCAGCAUGUAUGGUUCUAUGCUCUGCCUGGCAUUAAUCAGCAUAGAUCGGUAUAUAGCUCUGGUGCACCCCUUUGGUGCUCUGACCCUGCGCAGCCAUCGCACCUCCCUGGUCAUGAGUGUGUCCGUUUGGGUGGUGGUCCUGUUGGCCAUGCUGCCCCUGUUACUCUUUCGCCAGUCCUACCAGCUGAUCGACCCUCCCAUCAACACCUGUCAUGACGCCCAGCCCACUGCUUUGAUGGCCACUUUCUUUUUCCCCUACUAUGCCAGCCUUUUCAGUCUCUGCUUCUUGCUCCCUCUGCUUGUAAUUCUCUUCUGCCAUGGCGCCGUGCUGAAGACCCUUCUGGCCAGAGGGCACCGCUACUCCCACGCUGCGUGCCUCACCGCCCUGGUCUUGCUGGUCUUCCUUGCAUGUUUCCUCCCCAGCAACAUCUUCUUGCUUCUGCACUACUUAGACAUCUACCUGACAGAUGACAAGUACAACCUCUAUGUGCCCUAUGUAGUCAGCCUGGCCUUCAGCUGCUUUGGUCCCUGCAUUGAUCCCUUCAUCUACUACUAUGUGUCUGUUGACUUCAGGGGCAAAGUUCUCAGGGUGCUCUGCUGCUGCUGUGCUGGGCAACAAGUAUCCUCCAAUACCAGCGGCAUACAUUUGUCAAGCAGCAGCCAAUCCAGGAGCACCUUGCUGUCUAAGUCUUGGGGAAACAAGGAAGUUUUACAGAAGGAAUCUGCCGGAAGGGCAGUGUAAUGCAGAAAACCUCUGAAGGAAUUCUGUAUGGGAACUUUGUAAAGUGUCUUAAAAAUGCAAUGCUGGCAUAAAUAAAUAUUAGACAUCAUUUAUCAAAUAGGCCUACUAGAAUUUUGCAUGUUCCAGGUUUAUACAAGGAACUGAUGUGUGAUCCACGUAAGCUGAGUAAAAAUAAAACACAAGUGUCUUGUUUUGUAUGUGAAAAAAUCCCAGUAUCAUUAAGCUGUAUGCCUAGCAAAGGAUAAAUUAGAAAUUUGUAAGGUUUCAGACUCUCUGGAUACAAGUGUUUGUCAAAAGAUAAUAAAAGCAGAAAGAAGCAGGG